CGCGUAGCGCGGUCCCACGUGAAAGGGACAACGAUUGAAACACCAACCACAGCAAAGCCUCAAGAAACAAGCAUUCCAAGUCUCAGGCAUGAUAUUGAGGGAUUUGAUGCCAUGAAAUAGUCCUGAUUGCAGACUUUGUCCAAGGAAGCCAUCAGAAAAAGUCGUCACGGGCUCGUUCCGGUCACGGGCUCGUUCUGAAGAGAAAGAAAGAGAGAGGAGAGCGCCAGCACAGAGUGACGAAGGAGCCGAAGCCACUGUGAUUGCCAGAGAGAGUGAAGCACUAUUGCGAGUGCCAUACCUGAUAUCGGACCCCAUUUGCGGCCGGAGAAGGUGCCAGCAUAGACGCAACCGCGAUACAGACGCAACCGCGACCACGGCUCAGGGGGGACGAAUUUGGGACAAGUUGCAGUGCAAGGGUGCGCGACAUCACAGCUGGAAUUGGAGUGGCAGUGGCGAAUUUCUACGGCCUGAGUGCUAGUCUAUCGGAGAGGGCAAACCGACCAGGGCCCAGGGCAGGAAGCCAAAGCAAGAGCUCGGCCGCCCGAGGAGGUGACGGCCUGCGGAAGCGACACUCCGGGAAUAUUCGGCAGAGAAUCCCUGUGGCAAACGCAAUCAUCAGCGAGUGCCCGCCCGCACACAGAGGCUCUCAACACACGCCAUCAGGCCCAAGGAGAAACGUCACCGCACAUCGUUCAAGUAUCAGAACCUCGGCCCAUCCAUUACAUUCAGUGGCAGAGGAUUCAGGGGCAGAGCGUCAACAUGGCACGCCGCGACAUUUAUGACUUCGAUGGGACCGGUUCAAGCCCAGAAGCCGAUGAUACAAUGGAAGAUGAACUGGCAGAGCCUGUUGCAGCGACGCCAGCACGGCGUGGCCGCCCACCCAAGGCCAAGCCUUCGACGACUCCGGUAAAGGCAAGUCAGGCGGAUGGAACGAAGACAACACCCAGAGGCCCACGAUCGGCUGUGUCCAAGGCAAAGCCUGAGACGCCGCACAGGGAAGGAGGGGCCAGGGGCAUCGACACGCCAGGCCGUCGCACAAUCGCUGAUAGGUCCGCUCGCCGGAAGAGUGCCCGGGCUCUGAUCGAACGUGUGGUCGACGAUGCCACGAGCGAUGAUGAGGCUGGCGAUGAGGGCCUCGCCCGAGAGAUCUUCGAGUCUAGUGGUGAUGAGGCCAUGCAAGAGGAUGAGGGAGUCCAAGACGAAGACCUCGAGGAUGGGGCAGAAGACGCCCAAGCGACACCUUCCAAGACCGCACGGGGCCGGAAGAGGAAGGCUGCCGCCAGGAAGAGAUCCCCGACGCCCCCGCGGGAUCUACCGCCGCAUGAGAUGUACUUCUUCCAGAACAAGCCAGGACUGGCCAAGACAUCCAACAACACUCUGGCAUCACUAAAGCUGCUCACCCACGACGAGUACUUCUCGCUCCUGCGGGGCCUGAAGGACCCGCACGAAGAGGACAUCAAGUUCCUCGAGGACCUCCACGCCGAGUCCUUCGGGCAGUGGAGCUUCGAGCUGGCAGAAGGGUUCAGCCUCUGCCUGUACGGCUACGGCUCCAAGCGGGCCCUCCUCCACCGCUUCGCCAAACACCUGCACAGCAAGGCCUCGACCAGCCAGCAGCCGCACAAGAUCGUCAUGCUGAACGGCUACGUCCGCACCAUCAGCGUCCGCGAGGUCCUCUCGACCAUCAGCAGCGCGGUCGACCCCUCCUACAAGCUGACCUCGGGCACCCCGGCCGCCCUCCUGCACGACGUCCUCUCCCUCAUCGGCAGCUCCGCCACGACCAUAACGCUGGUCCUCAACUCGGCCGACGCGCCGCCCCUGCGCCGGUCCGCCGCCUUCUACGCCGUCCUCGCCCAGCUGGCGGGCCACCCGCGCGUCCGCCUCGCCUGCUCGGCCGACACGCCCGACUUCCCGCUCCUGUGGGACGGCGGGCAGCGCGCCGCGCUCAACUUUGCCUUCCACGACUGCACCACCUUCGCGCGCCGCAGCCCCGCCGAGCUCGAGGUCGUCGACGAGGUCCACGAGCUCCUCGGCCGCAGGGCCCGCCGCGUCGGCGGCCGGGACGGCGUCGCCUUCGUGCUCAAGUCGCUGCCCGACAACGCCAAGAACCUCUUCCGGCUGCUGGUCGGCGAGGUCCUCGUCGCGCUCGAGGACGAGGGCGCGGCCGCGGGCGGUGGAGACAACCCUGGCGUCGAGUACCGGAUGCUGUACAACAAGGCGGUUGAGGAGUUUAUCUGCAGCUCGGAGAUGGCUUUCCGGACGCUUCUGAAGGAAUUCCACGAUCACCAGAUGAUCACCAGCCGCAAGGACGUCCUGGGCACGGAGCUCCUGAGCCUGCCCUUCCGGAAGGAGGAGCUCGAGGCCAUCCUGGAGGACCUGAUGUCGUGAUGCGGCGCGUGCUUAGUGAGGUGCAAACACGCACGCCACGGGAAAGCAAUGUUCCUACCCUAACUUGUCAAGGGGGCAACUUGCACAUAAACGGUCGAGUAAAUAGACAGUCAGCCAGCCGCGAGUAGUACGAAAUGAAGUGUGAGAACAAUGUA